GCGUUGUGGUCAGGCUCACCCGCAGCUCUCCGGCGCCCGGCCGCUUGGCCAUGUCCUGGCUUAACGUGGCUUCGGCGGGGAGGCGGCUGGUGGUGAGCGGGAACAGUUUGGCGGGGCGGCGCGGCGCGGCUGGAGCUGCGUGCUCGGGAAUGGGAAACAGCACAUCCUCGUCUUUGGGAAAGUCAGCAAGUACUCCUGUGAACCAGAUCCAGGAAACAAUUUCUAACAAUUGUGUGGUGAUUUUCUCAAAAACAUCCUGCUCUUACUGUUCAAUGGCCAAGAAGAUUUUCCAUGACAUGAAUGUCAACUAUAAAGUUGUGGAACUGGAUAUGCUGGAAUAUGGGAGCCAGUUUCAGGACGCUCUUCACAAGAUGACUGGAGAGAGGACUGUCCCAAGAAUCUUUGUCAAUGGAUCAUUUAUCGGAGGUGCGACUGACACUCACAGGCUUCACAAAGAAGGGAAAUUGCUGCCACUGGUUCAUCAGUGUUACUUAAACAAAAGCAAGAGGAAAGACGUUGGGUGAUGCGGAUAUUCACCACGACCAGUGAAUUGUCAUGAUGCAGCAAGAAAAUCUUCACUAGAUGUGGGCACCUUAACCUAAAGCUUCCCAACCUAUGAACUAUAAACAGUUUCUUCCUCAGAAACUACUUGGUCUUAGGUAUUCUGUUUCAGCAGCACAGAUGGGUAAGAUUGUCCGUAAAGUCACUUCUAAUGUUAUCUUACUAUUUUCUAGCUAGGGAUACACUGUUUAACUGCUUUCAGUUUCAGAUAAACUUAGCAAACCCUUUAAGAUGUAUUAUUUUAAAAGUGUUGAAAGUACUUCCAAUGUUACUAAUCUGGUCAUAUUUCCAGCCUCUGAUC